CCGACAGGAGAGUCCGGAACGGCGCUGCUUCUGCCUGAGAAGAGGGGAGGAGCUAGCCCGAGCCGGCCGAGAAGAGUCUGGGUGAGUGCCCCCUUCGCCCCCUUUCCUCGUCGUUUCUCGGCAGUUCGGGUCGGAGUGACGGGAACAGCGCUGGCCGCUUCGCGGGAAGGACGAAGGGGGCACGCCGGCGUCGUUGGCGACUGGGGCCCGGAAGACCGCUCGCCCCCACCUGCAAUGUUUUCUUUCGCUUCGUCUCAAUUCCAGGUCGCCUGUGACGGCCAGGCGAGUGGGUCAGGACGCAGCUGCUAGCCGAUGUACAUUUUCACUGUGCCUGCCUCCACUGACACUACUGAACUGGCAGACAUCACCACAAUGGGACCGAGGCGAAAAUAUGUGAAGAUGUGUUCUACAAGCAAGGAAGGCCUUGUAUGUACCAAAGCUGCUGAGCUGAAGGAUUAUAUGAACCAACUUUCACAUGAAGUGCUUUGCCAUAUCUUUAGGUACCUUCCCCUGCAGGAUAUCAUGUGCAUGGAAUGCCUCUCUCGGAAGUUAAAAGAAGCUGUGACUCUUUACUUGAGAGUGGUGAAAGUUGUAGAUCUUUGUGCAGGCCGCUGGUGGGAGUACAUGCCCACUGGAUUCACAGAUUCCAGCUUCCUGACCUUACUGAAGAAGAUGCCAGACGUUGAGCAACUAUAUGGACUUCACCCCAGACAUCUUGACAGGCGUAGAGUUCGGGGCUAUGAAGCUUUCAGCAUUCCUGGAGUUCUAGAGGCCUUACAAGCCUGCCCUAAUCUGCUUGGUGUAGAGACUUCCCAUUUGGAGCUGGUAGAAGCCAUUUGGACAUACAUGCCACAAGUUCACAUCCUAGGGAAGUUUCGUAAUCGUAAUGGUGCUUUCCCAAUUCCACCUGAAAACAAACUGAAAAUACCAAUAGGAGCUAAAAUUCAGGCUUUGCACUUAGUAGGAGUUAAUGUCCCUGACAUUCCUUGCAUCCCAAUGCUGCGGCACCUGUAUCUGAAGUGGGUGAGGCUCACCAAACCACAGCCGUUUAAAGAUUUCCUUUGUAUCAGCUUACGCACUUUUGUCAUGAGAAAUUGCGCAGGACCCACAAACUCUUUGAAGUAUGUCCCCUUGGUCACAGGCUUGGCUUCUGCUCGUAACCUGGAACAUCUAGAAUUAGUUCGAGUUCCCUUCCUAGGAGGUCUUAUUCAGCAUGUUGUAGAAGAUAGCUGGAGAUCUGGGGGCUUUAGGAAUUUGCACACUAUUGUUCUGGGAGCUUGCAAGAAUGCUCUGGAAGUGGACCUUGGUUACCUCAUCAUAACUGCUGCACGGAGGUUGCAUGAAGUACGAAUCCAGCCUUCCUUAACCAAAGAUGGUGUAUUCUCUGCAUUGAAAAUGGCAGAAUUGGAAUUUCCACAGUUUGAAACACUUAAUCUUGGAUAUGUUGAUGAGUUUUUGCUGCAAUGUAAAAUGAUCAAUGCAGACCUUGUGAAGUAUGGCUUGGCUGAUGUGGUUGAAAAUCCAGGAAUCAUCACAGACAUUGGAAUGAAAGCAGUUAAUGAAGUCUUCUCUUCCAUUAAAUACCUUGUCAUAUACAACUGUCCUCAUCUCCAUAAUCCGAGCAGUUGGAUUACAGAUCAUUCAAGAUGGACUCGGCUGUUUGAUCUCACCUUAGUGCGAUGUCAUGCAAUAAAACUAGACUCUUUUAGUCAGUUUAUUGAGUUACUGCCAAGCCUGGAGUUUAUCUCUCUGGACCAGAUGUUCCGGGAACCUCCCAAGGGAUGUGCUCGUGUAGGUCUGAGUGCAGGCACAGGAAUUGGUGUUUCCUCUGCUUUGGUCAGCAAUCAGAACUCCAACAAUGAAAAUGACAAUAAUAAUAAUCACCAGAACAAUAAUGCCAAUAUACACCAUAACAACCACCAGCAGCCAAAUGACCAGAAUGAGGAGAAUGAGUUGCGGCAGGAGGAACGAGCCGAAGAGCAGCAGAUUGCAGCAGAGGGUAAAUCAUUGAAUGAUAUGGAGGAGGUGGCACAGGAAGAUGGAGUGGCUGUGGCAGAAAGCCAAAGUGAAGCUUCUGCAACUAAUCGGGCACUUCUUCCCAUGGAGGUUGAUGAGGAACAAGCAGGGCCCAGUGGUCUUCAGCCUAAUGUGAAGCUUGCACCUAUAACUGUCCAUGACUCAGACAGUGAGGAUGAAGAUGAGAACGUGGCUGCCUCAAGAUCCGGUAUUACAAACAGCAUUGCACAGAGUUGUUCAGAUGGAGAGGAGAGAGUCAGAGAUUCAGUGGAAAUCCGGGAGCCCUCCACAGUGAGUGGUAAAGGCAAAGCUCCACUGCGGAAGAGAUGCAAUGCUAGCCGGGUGAAGCUGUUUCUUUCUGAGGAGAGCAGCUGUGAAAAGGGCUGUCAAGUCACCAGUGAGCAGAUUAAGGCAGACAUGAAAGCUGCCAGUGAUGUAACAACUGACAGGAAUAAAAACAAAGAUGGUUAUCCGGAUUGUGGCGGCAGCGGCACAGGACCUCCAGGAACCUCGGGCACUACUGCUUCUCAAAACUCUGAUGGUGAAAGGACAGCCAAUAGCCCUAGUGAUGUCCCUUCUGCAGCUGCAGAGGACUCUGGGAAGUGUCUCUGCAAGAAUGAAGGCUCCAGUGAGGCGGACAAUGAAGAGAACUCCUUAUGCUCCAGGUGUUCGUGCUAUGUGCCCCAGAGCCAGCAAAGGAGGACUAGUGGAGUUUUGGAUGGUGAAUGCCCUUCUACCAGUGGAGCUUGUGGUAUGAACGGGCCUAGAGUGGGAGGGGCAGAAUUCUCACUGAGAACAUUACCAAACUGUAGUUCUCCUGGGGAGACCAGCAAUGAAAGGACUAAUGAGGCAGACUGUGGGACUGCUGAUGAGGAACAGCAAGGGAGAUCACAGCAAGGGAGACUGGAAAUGGAAUAUAAUGAAGAUUACCCCCGCCGGCCCCUAACAAGAGCCAGAAGCAGACUGACUCAUGUGCCUCUGGUGUCUCAAUCAGAAGUGACCAAACCAAAGCCCAGGCAUGCAGUGAAGCGAAAACGGACAGCUGAUAAGUCCACAAGCACUAGUGACCCUGUGAUUGAGGAUGACCAUGUCCAGGUUCUGACACUGAAAUCAAAAAACCUUGUUGGAAUCACCUUGACAAACUGUGGUAUAACAGAUCUGGUGCUGAAAGACUGCCCAAAAAUGAUGUUCAUUCAUGCCACAAGAUGUCGUGUCCUAAAGCACCUAAAAGUAGAGAAUGCACCAAUUGUCAAUCGAUUUGACUAUGCUCAGUGUAAGAAAUUAAAUAUGGAUCAGGUUCUGGAUCAGAUACUGCGGAUGCCACCAGAGAGAAACAGGAUAAUCUACCUUCGUCCAAUGCAGCAGGUUGACACACUGACUCUAGAACAAAAGAUAUUUAGUGGCCCUUACCCAUACCACAUCUGUAUAAUUCAUGAAUUCAGCAAUCCUCCAAAUGUUCGCAACAAGGUGCGCAUUCGUAGCUGGAUGGACACAAUAGCAAAUAUUAAUCAAGAGCUCAUUAAAUAUGAGUUUUUCCCCGAAGCCACGAGAACAGAAGAUGACUUGAAAAAAUAUACAAAGUACCCCUGGGGAAGAGACAUUUAUACUCUAGAAGGUGUUGUUGAUGGUGCCCCCUACUCCAUGAUUACUGAUUUCCCUUGGUUGAGGUCACUCAGAACAGCAGAGCCUAAUGGCUAUGCCAGAUACGACUUUGAGGAUGAUGAAAAAACUACAAUUUAUGCUCCCCGGAGGAAAGGACAGUUGUCAGCAGACAUCUGCAUGGAAACAAUUGGCGAGGAGAUCUCUGAGCUCCGUCAGAUGAAGAAAGGAGUAUUUCAGCGGGUGGUAGCUAUCUUCAUCCAUUACUGCGAUGUUAAUGGGGAGCCAGUAGAGGAUGAUUACAUCUGAAUGGAUCAGGCUUCCAGCCUUUCCUACCUUUUGACUGGCCUUGCCAGCAAAGAAAACAAGUGGGUUCCUUCCACUGUUUUAGUGCACUGAGGAGUCUUGGAACUUGUGUGCUUCGCUAUUGCCCCAAUGCCUACUGGAAUAGCGUUUGUAGUUCAUGUAUAAUGAAAAGUUGCGUUGUAUGCUGAGGACUCUGCAUCGGAAAAGAAUCUUCCUAAAGUUGACUUUAUUUCAUAUGUUUAUAUAAUGACAUUUAAUUUAAGUUCCAUUUUAAUGAAGGCAACUAAUUAUGGCAAGGGAGAAAAAGUUUGUAUUUCUUAGCCCAUAUGAUUCAUAGCAGUAUUUUUGUUUGCCACAAGCAAAGCCCCACAUGCUAUGUUCAGGAGUCUUUUUUAAUCUGUGCCUUCAGUCCGAGUAAAUCUGUUGAACAGUCUUUGAGUCAUGUGCGUUUUUCAAAGGGAACUAAAUUGGAUGAACUUAAGCAGUGAAGAAUGACAGAAGUGGGAAGAGCAGCCAUGCAAGUGACCUAUUUAAAAAAAAAACAGCCAAUGAUUUAUUCUUUAUAUAAAUAAAGAAUGCAAAUUAAGACCAAUCAGAUUUCAGAAUUUAAUAUAAAGUGUGUACAAGCUUAAUAAAAAGCAAUACAUUUAAAAAUAAGUUGUCACUGUUUCUUCUUUCUGGAGUAUAGUGUCCUCUAAAAAAUAUGCAAGUACAUUAUGAAAAAUUCUAGAGAUGUUCACAAAAUGAUUUGGCGCAUCUAAUAGGCAGCCAUGAGCAUCCCGCCAUCAUGCGCAGGCUGCUGGGUAUUGCCUUGCGGCCACGCACAGACUUUUGAGCAGUGGAGCAGCAGGUAAGGAACUGCUUCAUGCUUAAACGUACUGCUCCCUGCCGAAAUGUUCAUGCACAUCCCUAAACCAUUCAAGAUAAAGUCGGUCCACUUGUUUUCCAUGUGGGGCUGCUCAUGUUACUUCUGCCUGAAUUCACAGUUAUCCUUUUGUUUUCACAAGUCUGAUCUGCACAGUGCUUGUUAGAGGACUCUGUUCCUAGGAUUGUGAAGUCAUAAUCAUGAAUAGCUAAUAAAAGAUAAAUUAAGAUUGGGAUAUAUAGAUUAAAUAAUGGCAAUCACCAUGUAGUAGCUUUUUCUAUCUAAAACCACAGCAGUGAAAUAAAUUUAGUAGCAUUGGAUGCCAGCAAUUAUUACACAGUUUCUUGGUUUGGUAAUAGAUCAUAUAGUUGGGAUACUUGGUUCAGGUGAGUCAUGUUAAUUUGCUACACUGAAUCCAUUUAACACCUCAACUGAUUUAAUUCGUAUUUUUAUGUUCAUGGCUAUGAGCAAUUUUUUUAUCAACUGUAUUGGCUAGGUGUGUGUGUUGCUAUAAAUGAAAACCAAAAAAAGUGUGAUGGGAAAUGCAUUUCUAUCCCAUUGUUGUGCUAUUCUGUGAAUAAAAGUAAUUUGGGAUGUUGUAAUCCCAGAAGAUGGA